AUUUAUAGAGAUCUGACAAAGAUCUUCCAAACAGUUUACGAUUGUAAAAGAAUGUAUUUGCUGUCAUGAGUGAAGAGUGCCCGCUAAAUAACGUGUGUCCAAUUUGAACCGUUAAUUAGUGAUAAGGAACAGACACUGUCAGGGGAGGAGUCCACACGCCCACAUUACUCUGUUUGAGCUGAAUAUUCCUUUUGUAUAUUCAACAAUUAAUUGUGUUUGUGUGAGACUGGAAAGAGAGCGAGCACAGAAGUCAUAAGACGAGAAGAGAAAACUAGUUGCUCAACUUUAAUCAAGACAAAAUUUGUGUCUGAUUUAUAUCUGAGCUCCCUUCUUAUUUGAUGAAGUCAGUGUUGAAUGGAGGCUCCUGUUCUCUCCGUUAACACUGUUUCACCCUUGAUGAAUUCCAAAAGCAGCAGAGGGAACUCGGCUGGAGGUGAGCUGGUCCCAGAAAACACAUGAGGCUCCCUGUCACAUGCUUCCAGUUUGUAUUUGUCAGCACACAAUGUGAACCCAAAUGGCACAAAUGCUCUUUUCCUGGAUGUGAGUGACCAGAGACCGCCACUGGAUACAAGUGACACAUAUUCUUUCUGACCCCGUCUUCAAUAAAAACUGAACUGAGCCAUAGUCUGCAGGUACACUCAGCCUGUUGUACAAUAAGAUAGAAAAGAUAUAAAGAGCUGAACGUGAUGAUAGUUUUCAAUUUCGAUUUCUGAUAAUUAACAAAGAAAAACAUGUACACAACCUUCUUCUGUUGUCCAGUCAACAAUUUAAAACCAAAAUAUACUUGAUAUUCAUAUAAGAAAAUGAAUUACAAAUAGUUAUAGUUAACGAAUCAAUCUAGUUUUAAAAAAAUGUAAAACCUAAGUCGACAAAUCAUAAAGUACAAGAUCUAAAACUAAAGUGAUAUAUGUGAUAUAUCAUCUCAAAUCACAGACAACAAACAGCCUAAAUUAUACCUCAUUUAAAAGCAAUGAGAAAAGAAUACAGGCAAAUAAAAGAAACAAUGAGGUAAGAGCCAUUGUGUGAGGAUAAGCCUCAUUAUGUGGUUGGACCUCAAGUCCCAGGACCCCCAGCGUGUGUGUGUGUGUGUGUGUGUGUGUGUGNGUGUGUGUGUGUGUGUGUGUGUGUGUGUGUGUGUGUGUGUGUGUGUGUGUGUGUGGGGGGGUGUGGGGGGGGAAUCCAGCUGUGAGGACAAACCCCGCCCAUUCAUCGAGAGAUGUGGAGAGCUCAGAUGUGGAUUGACGGGCCUGUCGUCCAAUGACAGGGCGCCGGAGCGUGACUCACCCUGUCCUCUCCUCCAGUGGCAGCUUGGCGGAGGGGCGGGCCGCAGGAAGCACACUUGGUUGAAUGACCAUUAAAGCAGCAAUCAGCGGUAAAUAUGUGAUGAUGCCCCGCUACGAAACAGACACCGAGCGGACCGUCCGAGCCGGGGAGACUGCGCGCUUUGGCACCGCCGGGUAGACGCACCGUGCCCCGCUUGGCCGCGCGCGGAGCCCGGGCUGCUGAACCAAACCUCAAAUCGCUCCCUGGGGGAAUCGAACAGUGAUGGACAGCUGUUGGACAGUGAUCCCGGCGCCGAGGCUGAAGGUAAACUGACCGUGUUGCAAACACACGCUGCACCAUGGACCAGGGGGCUGUUGUUUGCGGCUGCCACCGGCGGAGAAGGAGCAGCGGCCGGUGAGUUUGUCUCCUCCGCUCCCAUCAGCGCAAACGUGCGGAGGAUCGUGAUGAUGCUUUGCGGCCAAACGUGAGGCUCCCACCCCUGAGCACGCUGCGAUGUUACGGUGCGUCUUCGGAGGAACCGCCAACAUGAGAUUCGACUUUUUAAUCCUCCUCCACCGUCUCUUUUACGCACAAACCGCUCACAGGAACCCAGGACACAUGUGCGCAGAUAUUACGGAUCCACGGUGUAAUUGACGUUGUUGCGCUAUGAUCUCCAGGGGCCAUCUGCACGGGUGUAAUGGUUUCAUCGUGUGCAUUGCGCGCUGCCUUGCAACCUCUCCAUGGAUGGUGGUUAAUUGGGCCCAAUGAUGUGGAGCCAAAUCCACCUGGACCACAUGUUUCCUCCUCUCCGUGCGCAACUGGCUCCCUUGUGACUUUUGCGCAUGUUUAAUUGUUUUUAUCCCCGGAGGGGUUUUUUUUAAUCACCACUUCUGCUUAUUGUUUUGGAUAAUUCCAUGGCGAUUUACAAAAAAUAAAGAUUUUAAGAAAAAAAUUGAAGUGACUGUGACAGUUCCCACGUUAUUAAAGGAUAGAAAGCGCACAGAUCUCGGCCAACUAUGGGACGUUUCUCCAUCAGUGCGCGUUUGUUGCGCCUCCUCGUUGGGACUAAAUAGUUUUCUGACACUAUUUGUCAGCGGAGCAAAACUUUCCCUGCAGUUUCCAUUAGUUUAAACACAUCCUACUGUCGCCUCCAGCCAUCCACCAUGUCCAGAUCAAACAGUGUCAGCCCACCCGGAGUCGGUGCGCCGAAGCUGAGGGGAGGGACCGAACACAGAGCAGCUUGGGGAGAGUCUGAGUCUGUGGCCAACGGGUGCCCAUACUCUGCCAGAUCCCCGCGCAAGAAGCUCACUCGGACUAACAGUCGGUGGCGAGAGGAGGAUGAUCCGGAACACCGGCAGCCCGGGCGAGCCUCCACCACCGUCAGCAGGGUCAGCUUCAGGUCCAGGUCGGCUUGGCAGGACCAUGGCGAGGAGAACCGAGGCCGCGCGUCCCCGAAACGCCCCAACGACGAGGUGAGACCCAAGUCCGUGGAGCUGGGUCUGGAGGAGCGCAGAGCCAAGCGGAGGAGCAACGACGAGGAGGUCAUGCCCGAUGUUAACUUUUCUCUGGUGGCGUGCUGCACCAGCGUCAUGCACAUUUUCAAAUCCAAGAAAUUCCAGUCGGAGAAGUUGGAGCGGCUCUACCAGCGCUACUUUUUCCGCCUCAACCAGAGCAGCCUGACCAUGCUGAUGGCGGUGCUGGUGCUGGUCUUCACGGUCAUGCUGGGCUUCCACUGCUCCGGUGGGGCGACGGGGCCGAGCGUGACGUUCGUGGUGGUGUUUUCCGUUGCCAUCUUCCUCACACUCGUGCUCAUGGUGGUGUGCAACAGGAACGGCUUCCAUCAGGACCACAUGUGGAUCGUGUGCUAUGUGGUCAUCCUGCUGGUGCUGGUGGUCCAGGUGAUCGGGGUUCUGCUCGUGCAGCCCAGGAGCGCGUCGGAGGGCAUCUGGUGGACCGUGUUCUUCAUCCAUGUCAUCUACACCCUGCUGCCUGUCAGGAUGCGCGCCGCGGUCAUCACUGGAGUUAUUCUGUCCGCCAUCCACGUGGCUGUUUCCUGGAUGUUAAACGGCGUGGACAGCUUUCUGUGGAAGCAGAUAGUGUCCAAUGUGCUAAUCUUCUCCUGCACCAACAUCGUGGGGGUGUGCACACAUUACCCCGCAGAGGGCUCCCAGAGGCAGGCCUUCCAGGAGACGAGGGAAUGCAUCCAAGCUCGCCUUCACUCCCAGAGGGAAAACCAGCAGCAGGAGCGUCUCCUGCUCUCAGUGCUUCCCCGCCACGUUGCCAUGGAGAUGAAAGCCGACAUAAACGCCAAGCAGGAGGACAUGAUGUUUCACAAGAUCUACAUCCAGAAGCACGACAAUGUCAGCAUCUUGUUUGCAGACAUCGAGGGUUUCACCAGUCUGGCAUCUCAGUGCACAGCGCAGGAGCUGGUGAUGACUCUCAACGAGCUUUUCGCCCGUUUCGACAAACUAGCAGCGGAGAACCACUGUCUGCGGAUCAAGAUCCUGGGCGACUGUUACUACUGCGUGUCGGGGCUCCCGGAGGCGAGGGCCGACCACGCCCACUGCUGCGUGGAGAUGGGGAUGGACAUGAUUGAGGCCAUCUCGCUGGUACGGGAGGUGACUGGGGUGAACGUGAACAUGCGAGUGGGUAUCCACAGCGGCAGGGUGCACUGCGGAGUGCUGGGCCUCAGGAAGUGGCAGUUUGAUGUCUGGUCCAAUGACGUCACAUUAGCAAAUCAGAUGGAAGCUGGGGGCCAAGCUGGGCGUAUUCAUAUCACCAAGGCCACUCUGAACUAUCUGAACGGGGACUAUGAUGUGGAGGCAGGAGCCGGCGGGGAGAGAAACGCUUACCUGAAGAAGAACAACAUCGACACCUACCUCAUUGUGGGCUCCAGUCAGAAAAGGAAAGAGGAGAAGGCGAUGAUCGCCAAAAUGAACCGACAGAGGACGAACUCUGUCACUCACAACAGCGGCCACUGGACCGACCGGCCUUUCUACAACCACCUGGGCGGAAACCAGGUCUCCAAGGAGAUGAAGAGGAUGGGUUUUGAAGACCCCAAGGACAAGCAUUUUAUUUUCAGAAACACGCAGGAAAACUUAAACCCAGAGGACGAGGUGGACGAGUUCCUGGGCCGGGCCAUCGACGCGCGCAGCAUCGACCGCCUGCGCUCCGAACAUGUCAAGAAGUUCCUGCUCACCUUCAGAGAGCCCGACCUGGAGAAGAAGUAUUCCAAACAGGUGGACUCCAGGUUCGGAGCCUACGUGGCCUGCGCCUCCCUCGUCUUUCUCUUCAUCUGCUUCAUCCAGAUCGUCAUUGUUCCUCCCUCCCGUCUGAUGAUCGGCUUCUUCGUCACUUGUCUCAUUAUCCUGACGGCCGUGAUGUUCGUCUCAGCUAUUUACUGCUGUUUUGGGCUGUUCCCCGGGGCUCUGCAGACUCUCUCCAGGAGGAUAGUCCAGUCCAGAUUGAACAGCACGCUGGUGGGCGUCUUCACCAUCAUCGUCGUCUUUCUGUCUGCUUUCAUCAACAUUUUCACCUGCAGCAGCCACGACCUGCAGAGCUGCAUCAGGUCCGAGCUCAACAUCAGCCAGGGCAGCGUGGACGCCUGCCACGCCCGCCUCCUCAACUACAGCCUGGACACACAACACAGCCCCUGUGUGGCCGACAGCCUCAUCUGCAGCUUCCCUGAGUACUUCUCGUGCUGCGUGCUGCUCAGUCUGCUCGCCUGCUCGGUCUUCCUGCAGGUCAGCAGCCUCGGAAAACUCUUCCUCAUGCUCUUCAUCGAGCUGCUCUACCUCCUCAUCAUGGAGGUGCCCAAAGUGAGCCUCUUCGACAACCAGGACCUGCUGGUCAUGGCCAACGCCAUCAACCUCGCCGAGCACAUGAACGGAACAAGCUGUGUGGUGGACACGAAGGUUCCUCUGAAGAUCAUGACCCCGGUGGUCAUCACCGUCUUCGUCCUCGCUCUCUACCUUCAUGCUCAGCAGGUGGAGUCCACGGCCAGACUUGACUUCCUGUGGAAGCUGCAGGCCACGGAGGAGAAGGAGGAGAUGGAGGAGCUGCAGGCCUACAACCGCCGCCUGCUCCACAACAUCCUGCCCAAAGACGUGGCCGCCCACUUCCUGCAGCGCGAGCGCCGCAACGACGAGCUCUACUACCAGUCGUGUGAGUGCGUCGCCGUCAUGUUCGCCUCCAUCAGCAACUUCUCCGAGUUCUACGUGGAGCUGGAGGCCAACAGCGAGGGGGUGGAGUGUCUGCGGCUGCUCAACGAGAUCAUCGCCGACUUCGAUGAGAUCAUCAGCGAGGAUCAGUUCCGUCAGCUGGAGAAGAUCAAGACCAUCGGCUCCACCUACAUGGCGGCGUCCGGCCUCAACGACUCUACGUACGACAAGGUCGGGCGCUCGCACAUCCGCGCUCUGGCUGACUACGCCAUGAGGAUGAUGGACCAGAUGAAAUACAUCAACGAGCACUCCUUCAACAACUUCAAAAUGAAAAUAGGUCUGAACAUGGGUCCUGUAGUUGCCGGGGUGAUCGGGGCCAGGAAGCCUCAGUACGACAUCUGGGGAAACACGGUGAACGUGGCGAGUCGCAUGGACAGCACCGGAGUACCGGAGAGGAUCCAGGUGACCGCAGACCUUCACCAGGUGCUGAGCUCCUACAACUACACACUGGAGUACAGAGGGGUGGUCACAGUCAAGGGCAAAGGAGAGAUGAUGACCUACUUCCUGACCAGCGGACCCCCCAGCAGUUAACACUACACUGAACGACAAACAAGACACGUGGGGGUGAAGCGCCUCUGCAGCCUCUGUCGCAGCCUCACGGACCUCUGAUAGCUUACUGAGACGAACUGAAGCUUCUCACAGCCUCUUCUUCUGAGGCCACAACGAGGACGACGGAUGACGAACCUCAUCCCCAAAGCUCAGCCUGCGGAGCAGACUGCAGCGGGAGAGGCCUGGCGAGCCCGACUCUGACGUUGACACCAAAGAUGUCCAAUCAGAGCGCAUGGACGGACAGAUUUCACCAGCUUCGCGAGGUCCUGAAGGAAAUAAAUGUUCUUAGCAAUUUUUACUUUCUUCCAUCUGCCAGACGGGUUUGGAAGAACCUGCGGGAAGACACAAACUAUGUCGCUUCCUCCCUCAUUCUGCCUUUCUCCUGCUGAAGUACACGUAAAACACACAGUUUUAUGUGUUAUGUAUACGAUUCUAUGUACUGUAUGUAAAACACAUGUUGUCGUGGCGCAGGUACACAUCUCUGACAGUGUGGACACUCCGCCAGCACCGCAGCACUACCUGUCCGUUUCUGAUCAUGUCAGCAAUUCAUUGAUUAACGGAGGAGUUGCACUAAGUUGUGUCUCAUCAGCGAAGUGUGAGGACGUCCCUCAGCGACCGAUUGGACGUUAUUUUAUUUUUUUUGUGAGGCACACGACGCUCAGCGGUGUUUACAGAACGCUCCCCGUCAGACGUAUGAAAUCACAAACUCACACCUCAGUAUCAUCAGCGUAUACAGAGAACACACUAAGAGGAUGUCAAUGAAGAGCUUUUUUCUAAUCUUCGACAUUUUGUAUUUUGACUUCAGAACACCAAACCCCUAUCAGAUAUUUUAAGAUUCUAUAUUUUGUACAUUAAUAUAUUAGAGAGCUAUCUAUUAAAACACCAACGUGUAUUCAGAUGUACAUACUCUUACCACGCUCACGUUGCCGGGUCUUAACGUGGAGCCACGGCUGGUGAGCCGUUAACUUCAGCAGAUCGACGCCCGUUUAGAUUUUUCUUUUCUCGCUCUUUUUCACCGAAUUGAGCGUUUUUCCUUUUUGCCUGCAGGAAGUUGACCGUUCGCUGAUUAGACGGCGUUUCUGAUGAUUUUCCUUCCCCGGUGCGUUUGAAUCUCACAGCGAGGAAGGAAGCGUUAAACCGAGCGAGUGCGCACUUUGAAUGACGAGAGGACGAGGAAUGCAUCGGCCCUCGGUGCUCAAAAAGCCAUUUAGCGCUCCGGUGCGUUCAGCCGUCCACCCCCCUCCCUGCGCCGCUCCACACCCCCCCCACCCCCCUCUUCUUGCUCGCUCAAUCAGAUGGUACGACCCAAUGAAUGUCCAAUGAUCUCCGAUGAGGCCUUUAACAUGAACUCUACACUAAUGACGGUGACGAUGCUCAUCCUGUGGACAGGGAACGACGAGCCCGAAUGGAAACGUGCCCUUUUAUCUGCUGUCGUUUUUUGUUUUGUUUUUCUUAUCACAGCAGUUUUCUUCAGUAUUACGUCAUCCAACAAACUGUCAUGGAUUUUUAGUGAUUGUCUAAACACUACACUGGUUCUGAGUUUUUAAAUGGAGGAAAUGAGCAGACUUGAGGUGGAGGUCAUUAUUCCAAUAUGUAUUUUUUAAUUGUCAACAUUUCUCAUGGAAAAAAAACAAAAUCACCUUCAAGUGUUGACUUUCCUACCGUUUCUCUGUCCCUGUUUGUUUCUGAAGUCUUAAAAACACUGGAGUUAUUGUUGAACAAUAGUCAAACAGGAGGUAAUAGAACAUUUAUCGGGACUGGUGACGUGUUUAGUGAACGUUUCCUCUGGGAUGCUGCAUGUAGGAUUGACGAUUGAAUACAAUGUGUGGAGGCUUGACUGCCUUAAAUAGAAUCUAUUAAUACCCUGAUCAAGAACCAGUAACAGUAAUUAAAUUGGCUUUGAUUGGUUGUGUUGAUAGAAACUCGUCAGUAAGAUGGUAAGAAGUGGACUUUGAUUGGACAGAUGCAACAUGUCGGCAGACGUUUGGCCAAUCAGAGCCCCCGGCUGCUGCUCCUAGGGUUGGACUUGAAGUUAAAGGUGGAGAUUAUAUGAACAUGUCAAUCAACGGAAUUUCCAAAACUGAUAAAACAAUUUUAGAAAAUAAUUUCGUAAUUUCAUUAAAAUUAUUGAAUUAAUGAAUCAUUUAAAGUCAUAUUUAUUUAAUUAUGAGUUUAAUAAUGAAUGAUUAAAUCAACACAACAAUAGAUUUCUGAUUUAAAUUUAAAACAACAGCUUCCAUGUUCAGUGCGACUCACAGAUGUUCUUUAAAGAAGAGGAAUAAGACGAAUCAGGGUUUGACACAGGGAUCACUUCUUGAUUUAGUUUUUUUUUCUUGGGGUUUGUUGACAGUUUGAAAAAAAAAAUGACUUCAGCUCGUUUCCUGUUUAAAAAUAACAAGAGGAACCUGUCACUUUGCUUUGAGCCUGAACAACAGAGCGUCUGCACCGGUGGUUUCUCUUUGUUACUGUACUGCUGCAAACCAUCAUCAUGCACCAAAACCUUCAGCGUGAUCCCGUUAGACUCAUUGAAUUCGGUGCUUGUUCUGUGAGCCCUGUUUUUUUUUUUGUUUUUUUUCUUUCUACUGUUGAUUGUGCAGGAACGUGCCAUUAGAAACCCAGGGGCUCAUAGAGGAGGCCCAGAUGUGAGGUGGAGGCUGCAGCUGUCACACGCUCUUUAUCUUCUCCGCAGCCACGAGGGGCCUCGUGGUGACUUUGAGCAGGUGACGCAGCGUCUGUGGCAAAAACAGCUCGAGAGACGAGAGCGUGGGUUGUUUUUGUUGUCAUGCCAAACACUAUGCUCUUUUUUUACAGUUGAAAUAAACUGCUGAGAUUCUUCACAGGUACACGUGGACUCUUUUUCUGUCUUGAUCCACCUGAGGUGUCACUUCACAGAUUUAAGCGAUUGGAUUUUAACUUUGUGCUAAACUGCUGCAGGAAACUCAAGUUUUAUUUAUUAAAUCCAUGAAGUACGUUUACUUUC